UGCCGAGGAUAUUAGCAAGUGGGUAUAUGAGACUACAAACGACUUAUUGCAACUUAACAUUUUAGAUCGAUGACUAUUGAUGACUUGAUGACUUUUAUACAAUCAGAUUAUAACGCUCAGCUAAGUUUAUUAAUGCAAUUACUUAGAUGGCUCAUAAAAUGCUAUGGAGUUACUGGAACAAAUGUCAAUCGAUUAAGUGCUGCAAGUGCAUACUCUUCUAUACCUCGGUGUAUGGUUCAUUUAGUAAAAAAGUACCUGUCGAUUAGUCAGAAAAGAUAAGGAUAGAGCAAUGUUGUCAUUAAGUGGCCGGUGAUUCCAGUGCAAGUCGCACCGCAAACAUGAACAACUCCAGCUACGGAAAUGGUAGCCCCGGGGCCAGACUGUGGGGUGGUAAUGACCCAGAUACCCAUUUACACCCUGAUCGGAGUGGGGGCUGGCGCAUACAUGCUGUCUGUUGGCCACCAGCUGGUGCGGGUGAGGUGCCCGCCCUGCAAGGGUGAGGUCACGACUAGUCUGGUCACCGCCCCCACCCGGAAAACCCACCAGUUCGCCCUGACCUUGUACACCUGGUGCUGCUGGUCCUGGGUGUGCCUGCCAUACUUCUUCAACUACUGGAAGAGUGUCCAGCUCUACUGUCCUAACUGCGGAUGCCACAUUGGGAGCUACACAGUUUGAUUUGAUAAACGUUUUUCGCACUGCCAGCAAGUAUUUACGUGUAUGGACUUUAUAAAGAGAAAAAUAUACGUUCUAGAUAUUUGAAAAUUUACACUUUAUUUAAGCAACUAUAUUAUGACAAAUAAAAUAAAUUAUUGAAGAAAA